GGGAGGAGUUGUAGUUUUAGUUACUUAGUUGCAGCAGCCAUGGCUAGUACUCAUGCAGCUCUUGCUUCUUCAAGAAUCCCUGCUAACACAAGGCUCGUUUCCAAAACCUCCCACCACAACUCCUUCCCUGCUCAAUACUCCUUCUCCAAGAGACUUGAAGUAGAUGAAUACUCUGGUCUUAGAUCCAGCGGAUGUGUGACCUUUGCUACCAAUUCAAGGGAAACUUCUUUCUUUGAUGCAGUGGCCGUCCAACUUACCCCAAAGAGACAAAAUGCAGGAUCAACCCCAGUUAAGGGAGAAACUGUUGCCAAAUUGAAGGUAGCAAUAAACGGUUUUGGACGCAUUGGCAGAAACUUCCUUCGGUGCUGGCAUGGGCGAAAGAACUCACCACUUGAUGUCAUUGUUGUCAAUGACAGUGCAGGUGUUAAGAAUGCAUCUCACUUGCUAAAGUAUGAUUCGAUGCUUGGAACCUUCAAGGCAGAUGUUAAAGUUGUGGACACUGAGACCAUUAGUGUUGAUGGAAAGCCCAUUCAGGUCGUCUCCAGUAGGGAUCCUCUCAAGCUUCCUUGGGCUGACCUUGGCAUUGAUAUCGUUAUUGAGGGAACAGGCGUAUUUGUGGAUGGCCCAGGAGCUGGGAAGCAUAUCCAAGCUGGUGCAAAGAAAGUCAUUAUCACUGCUCCAGCAAAAGGUGCUGACAUCCCAACCUACGUUGUGGGAGUGAAUGAGCAGGAUUACUACCACGAGGUCUCUAAUAUCGUAAGCAAUGCUUCUUGUACCACAAACUGUUUGGCUCCUUUCGUGAAGGUCUUGGAUGAAGAAUUUGGCAUUGUGAAGGGAACAAUGACAACCACCCACUCCUAUACUGGUGAUCAGAGGCUUUUAGAUGCAUCACACCGGGACCUGAGGCGAGCCAGAGCUGCAGCAUUAAACAUUGUCCCAACAAGCACGGGUGCAGCUAAGGCAGUGUCAUUGGUGCUGCCGCAGCUGAAGGGUAAACUCAAUGGCAUUGCGCUCCGGGUUCCGACACCUAACGUGUCUGUGGUUGACCUUGUUGUAAACGUCGAGAAGAGAGGACUGACGGCUGAAGACGUGAAUGCUGCAUUCAGAAAGGUUGCUGAUGGGCCGUUGAAAGGCAUAUUGGACGUGUGUGAUGCUCCUCUUGUAUCUGUCGACUUCAAAUGUACCGAUGUUUCUUCUACCAUUGACUCCUCCUUGACGAUGGUAAUGGGAGAUGACAUGGUGAAGGUGGUUGCCUGGUACGACAAUGAGUGGGGAUACAGCCAACGCGUUGUGGAUUUGGCUCAUCUGGUAGCAAGCAAGUGGCCAGGCUUGGUUAUUGACGGGAGUGGAGACCCAUUGGAAGACUACUGCAAGACAAACGCUGCUGAUGAGGAGUGCAAAGUUUAUGAAGCCUAAAUUCCCCACAUUCUUUUCUCUUCUUUCUUUUCUCCUUUUGGCUUACCAAAUUGAUGAUAGAAGCCGAGGCAGGCUUUUCAUUUCUAGUAUGUAUGAUCCAGUACUUUUCUUUUUUAACCUGUGAUGACUGAGAAAGGGGAAUAAUAGAUUUGUAAACAAUAAAAAAGUAAAUAACUGCAAUUUUUUUUUUUCCGUAA